AUGCCAAUAAGACCAGAUCUCCAGCAGUUGGAAAAAUGCAUUGAUGAUGCUUUAAGAAAAAAUGAUUUCAAACCUUUGAAAACACUUCUACAAAUUGAUGUUUGUGAAGAUGUGAAGAUUAAAUGCAGCAAACAGUUUUUCCACAAGUUGGAUGACCUUAUAUGCAGGGAACUUAAUAAAAAGGAUAUCCGAACUGUUUCAAUCAUUUUGAUUUCUUUUGGAAGAUGUAGCAGGAAUAUCAGUAUUUUGGGGCAAGUUGGACUUCUAACUUUGAUAAAACAAGGACUAGUCCAAAAGAUGGUUGCCUGGUUUGAAAAAUCCAAGGAGAUAAUUCUGAGUCGAGGAACUUCAAAAGAUGAAGCUCUUAUAAAUAUGAUAGAAGACUUAUUUGAUCUUUUGAUGGUUGUAUAUGGCAUCCAUGAUGAAGGUAAAAAGCAAGUAGUGGAAAGUUUCAUACCUCGAAUUUGUGCCCUGGUUAUUGACUCAAGAGUGAAUAUUUCUUUUCUUUUGUAGACUCUAAAAAAAAUGAAUGCUAUGCUUGACAAAAUACCUCAAGAUGCCAGGAAAAUACUCUAUAACCAAGAAAUGUUAAAUCUCAUGAAUAGUAUGGGAGAAAGGAUUUUAGAUGCUGGAGAUUAUGACUUACAAGUAGGUAUCGUAGAGGCUUUAUGUAGAAUGACAACAGAAAAACAAAGACGGAAACUGGCAUGUCAUUGGUUUUCAAUGGAUUUUAUUGCUAAUGCAUUUAAAGGAAUUAAAGACUCUGAAUUUGAAACAGAUUGCAGGAUUUUUCUCAACCUUGUAAAUGGCAUGCUUGGAGACAAGAGAAGGGUCUUUACAUUUCCUUGUUUAUCAGCAUUUCUUGAUAAAUAUGAGCUGCAAAUACCAUCAGAUGAAAAACUUGAGGAAUUUUGGAUAGAUUUUAAUUUGGGGAGCCAGACCCUAUCAUUCUACAUUGCUGGAGAUGAUGAUCAUCAGUGGGAAGCAGUCACUGUGCCUGAGGAAGAAGUACAAAUAUACUACAUUAAAGUAUUUGUUCAGUUAGAUCCAAACAACUGGAACUGCAUAACCCUGGUGGACAAAAGCAGACAGUUUGGCAGCCUGGCACCACUGCAGGAGUAUACCAGCAAACAAGGUAUUUCAAUUGCCCAAACAUCUGUGCAUAUACAUUUUGACGCAAGUGGAUCACAGAUUCUUGUGCCAGAAAGUCAAAUCUCACCUGUUGCAGAAGAACUCAUUAGUUUGAAAGAAAAUCCUAACUCCCAAAAGAAAUUUCCUAAACCUCCAGAAUACAUCAAAAAUAGUACUCAAGGGGACAGAAAAAACAGUCAAUCUGAGAUAUUUACUCCUGGCAAAAGAAAAAUGUCUGAAGCCUCAAUUCUUGUUACUGGUGCAGAAAUAUACAACAAGAGAAGUCCAUUACAUUUAACCAACACAUCAACAUCACGAAGAAGAAAAAUUAAACCACCGCUGCAAGUGAGGAGUUCUGCAGAGAAACCUGGUGUUUCUGAAACUGGAGUGGAUAAUGCUGUAUCACGUCAGUCUAAAUCACCUGCAGAAAGAAGUAGAGGAGAUGAGACACACAAACAUAUCAAAACUGCUGAUGUUGCAGAAAAGACAGAAAAUAAGAACCUUGAAUUCCUAAACCAAAAUUUUAGUAAGUUACCUGGUGUUUCAUACAACAUUCAUGGAAAUAAAAUUUCUUCUAAAUGGACAUGUUGGAUGCCUGUAACAAAUAUUACACUGUGUAGUAAUGAAAGAUCAAGUGCUUCACAAGGAGACACAUUUAUUCAAGAUAUUUCUAUCAACAAAAAUUUUACUAAACAAAAAUCAUCCUCUUCAGUAUCUGAUGAUAAUUCUGAAGAAACAGGAAAGGUGGAAUAUAAGAAAGAAGUAACGCAGCGUAACAAAAUAGAUAAAGGAGAAGUAGAUGUUUGCAGAAGAACCAAUCAACAACUAAAUCAAUGUUCAAAGCAGAAAAAUAUUGAAAAUACCAAGCAGAGUGAUUGGCAUAUUGAAUCUGAAACUACUUUUAAAUCAGUUCUCCUAAAUAAAACAGUUGAAGAAUCUCUCAUCUAUAGGAAAAAAUACAUAUUGUCAAAAGAUGUGAAUACUGCUAUUUGUGAUAAAAGCCCCUCUCCUAGUAAAAAUGCAAGGAGUCUUAGGAAAUCAAGGAAAAGAUUAACAUCUGAACUUAAUUCCUUGGAUUUGAAACAAAAAAAAAUGAGAGAAAAGUCAAAAGGGAAAAUACUUGCUGAUGCAGCAGAAUCCUUGAUAAGCCAAAUUAAUAAGAGAUACAAACCAAAUGAUGCUAUACGGUCUGCAAGAAAAUUAAAGGAGUCUUUCAUUAACAGUGGUUUUUCAAACAAAUAUGAUCUACAGCUCAGCAAGGAAAAGGGUCAGAAAAAAAGUUAUAGACAACUGAAGACUACUUUUGUUAAUGUUACUUCUGAACAUUCAUUGAAUGAUGUUUACAAUUUUAAUUUGAAUGGAGCUGAUGAGCCUAUUAUAAAACUUGGGAUCCAGGAAUUUCAAGCUACAGCUAGAGAAGCCUGUAUGGAUAAUCCAAUAAAAUUGGUUGGUUUAAGGAAUCAUGAUGAACUCGAACCUUCUCUCAAAACCAAAGAUAAAAGAAUUGUAACAAGUCAUAAAAAUAAAAACCUCUUUAGUGAUACUGACACAGAAUACAGCUGUGAUGACGGCAAGACUGACAUUAGCUGGCUAAGAGAAUCAAAAUCGAAACCACAACUAAUAGGAUAUAGCAGAAAUAAAAGUGUGAAGAAUAAAGAGAAAAGUGGGAAAUCAAGACCAUCUUUGGAAAGGGAACAAACAAGAUCUAAAAUGACACCCAAGAAGAAUAUCACCAAAAAGGUAGAUGAAACCAUUCCAGAUGGGAGAACCAGACUUCCACGAAGAGCAGCAAACACAAAAAUAAAUUAUAAAGAUCUCUCAAAUUCAGAAUCAGAAUGUGAACAAGAAGUUUCACACUCAUUGAAAGAGAAAUUGCUAGUAAAGGAGGAGAAUAUCCAUUCCAGAAGCAAAACCAUGAAGCUGCCAAAGAAACAGCAGAAUGUCUGCUCUGCGGAAACACAAAAGGAUAUAUCAAAAGAAUGGGCAAACUCAUCUCUCCUAAAAAGUACUACUAUAAGAGACAACAGCCUUGACUUAUCUUCUGUGUCUUUACCUGGGAGUUCACCCUCUAUAGAAGUAAUGAGAUGCACAGAAAAAAUAACAGGAAGGGAUUUUACUCAGGAUCAUGACUGUAUAACAAAAUCCAUAUCAUCUAGUACAAAAACUUCCUCACCUGAAUCCUUCAACAGUAAAUAUGGAGUGGAAAGACCAGUAAAGUCACUGAAAAACAGUGUGAAAAAUUUACUGUGUGCAAGAGAAAGUUGUUCACCAAUUCCACAAUCAUUAUUCAUAGCCCAGGAUACUCCUAUUAAAAAUAAUACUAUUGUGAAUAGAAAAAAAGUAAAUUUUGUUGUUUUUAAAUAAGAAACAUAAAAUUGCAAUAGCUAUUCAGAUGUAAACAAUUAUAGUUCAGAAAAAAAACAGUUUAUGGAUAUUGAACCUCCAAAUAUCAAUAACAAUCAUAUACAAAGCAAAAGGGAGAGUCAUUCAGCAUCUCUACUAUCCAUGACUAGUGAGGAAGGAGAGAAAAUAAGAUGUGACAUGCCCUGUGACUCUGCUCAUUUAUCAGGCCCUACACACCAUCUUAAUCGCAAACGAAUGUAUAUAGACGAUAUUAACCCUGUUGAAGUAGGAUUGGAAGAAGAAGAGGAAGGGAGAGCAAAAUUGCUUCCCCAAAAACUGUCUAAAAUGGAAAAUGCAGAUCAUCACAGUCACAAAAUGUCUGAAAGUACAUGUCCAUUAUCAGCAAAUGACUCUUCUGUUCCUGUGAAGAACUGGGGAACUGAAAUUUCAGAUGUAGACAUGAUGUGUGAGCAGUUCAAUACAGAAUUUAAGAAGAAAUAUAAUAGUCACCACAAAUUGAUGGAUAAUUUUACUAUGCAGUCUUGGAAAACAGCUCAACAACAUCUGAAAAUAAUGAACCGUCAUAUUCAGGAAUACAGGAUAAAAAAACUUGAUAAAUUCCACUUCAGCAUCAUAAAGGAGUUGGAGAAUUUUGAAAAAGAUUCACAGUCUUUAAAAGAUUUGGAGAAGGAAUUCGCGGACUUUGGAGAAAAGGUGGUUCAGAAGUUCAGUGUCUAUCAAAAAAGUGAACAAGAGAGGCUUCACCAUUUGAAAGCUUCCUUGGACAAAAAUGUCUUCUAUGGCACAGGUCAAGAAGAAACUAUUUGUACAUCUGAGAUGUGUUCCAUGAAAGAAAACAUGAAAAUUCUGCAAGACAAGCUUCUUAAGAAAAUGCAAGAAGAGGAGCUUCUUAAUGUACGCAAAGGACUGCUGUCAUUAUUCAUGGCUUGUGAAACAAAUGUUAAUGUGGAGCUCUAG